UAGAUUUUGACACUUGACAACAAUUACGUUAGAUUCUUAUUUGGGUUAAAAAUGUUAUCUACUAGUGUUAAAACUUUUUGCGUGUAGUUUUUCAAUCUUCAAUGUCUUUCAUACGUUGUUUGUUUCGAAGUAAAAAUGCUUGAAUCGCUUUUGGAAUAUAUCAGGGCUUGGUUUCCAUCUAACGAGUUGCCCCAAUCGAGCGGCUUUUCCCGCAAACGCAGAGGCUCUGAUACCAAUAGUCACUUUAAAAGCCCCAAACACAGAAAAAUCCUUUCCUCUAUGGCAAACAAUAUUUUGGAGGAUGACAUUUUCACUUCGCCUUUGCGUUCAAAUCGACACGAAGCCGUCGUUUUGGACGACGAAGACGACAUCCGCGUUGCGAGUAAACCAAUUGAUAUAAAAACAUCGCGGAAAUCGAGAGAAAAUCGGUGGGAGACCAAUGGUACAGACGAUUUGAGAUUCCUCAAAAGUAUUAAAAGCACAACUGAGAAAAAACUCGAUGCGAAAAGGAACAAUGUAGAAUAUAUCACGCGGUUUGCCACCAGUUACGAGCCCCACAACGGCGUUAAAGCCAAGUCGAGAGUAUCACCGAUUUCGAGGAAUGUUAGGUCGGGCCGGUCGAGCUUGAGCAACAGCUUUUCGACCCCUACUUUGGACUAUUCAAUUAGAUUAGAUGAUAAAAAGAAAUAUGAAAUGUUGUUGGAUAACGUCGCAACGUUACAAAAUUCCUAUUCGUUUAAUAAUUCCUCGACUUACGGGACUCCAGUCGGGUCGUUGUUUAAUCGGUCACGGAGGCUGGUGGAAUUGGCUAAAUCGCCGAAUAAAAAACCAGUUGAAGUGAUCGACUUGACUGAAAAUAAGAGGAAACUAUCGACCAAAGAUACAGUAAUAAAAGUUUUGGAUGAUUUUGAGAGUGAAGAAGUUAUUGAAGAUUCCGAUUCCGAUGUUGAAAUUCUGCCAAAUCCACCGUCGCCGAAACCCGAUAUCAAAGUACCCCCAAUUAAUAGCCUCAAAACUGUUGUUGAUACGUCGAAGCCGACGCACCAAAAGUGGCUACAGGAUAUUACCAAGAAUCAUGAACGCUUCGUCGAAGACAAGUCGAAAGAGAUUGAAGCGUACACCGAAAACUCAUCCGCCUUGAACGAAAUCAAUCGCAAUUUAUUGAUAAAAUCUUUAACUAAAAAAGUCCAAGACUCGCUUGCCAUCAAGGAAGCGAUUCUUCCGAUCGAAGAAGAGGAAGAAGAAGUCGAGUUGCCGCCUUUGACCGAUGAACAGCUGCGUAUGGUGAAGAAAGCCUUUUCGGGAGACCCUAACGAAGUGCUCACGAAGAAAUUUAACUUGAAUGUGACACGAAGAGAUAUGCAAACGUUGUCAGGCUUAAAUUGGCUCAACGAUAACGUGAUUAAUUUCUACAUGAAUUUGAUAAUGGAGAGAGGGACUGAUUCGAAGUGGCCGAGGACUUACGCCACUAAUACUUUCUUUUAUCAAAAAUUGUCAAGAAAUGGGCCAGAUUCGCUGAAACGGUGGACGAGAAGGGUGGAUAUUUUCUCGUAUGAGUUCAUCUGUGUUCCUAUACAUCUAGGGAUGCACUGGUGUAUGGCGAUAAUCAAUCUUAAGGAGAGGACGAUCAAGUAUUAUGAUAGUAUGGGGAAAUCGAAUAAUCAGUGUUUGAAUGCGUUGAGGAACUAUCUAGAGUUUGAGCAUAUGGAUAAGAAAGGACAGCCGUUUAGUACCGAGGAUUUUGUCUUGGAGAAUGUCCAGGAUAUACCACAACAAAUGAACGGGAGUGAUUGUGGCAUGUUCUCGUGUACAUUUGCGGAAUUUGCGACGAGGAAAGCGAGGUUCACUUUCCAACAGGAAGAUAUGCCGUAUUUGAGGAAGAAAAUGGUAGUUGAAAUACUCACCGGGCAGUUACUGAUACAGUAGGGGGUCUUUUUAUUUUUGUAUACUUAUAGGUUUUAGUACAAUGGAAUUGUGUUAUGUUUAUGUACAAUUCAUUUCAUUGAAAUAAAAGCGAUAAUUUAUUUACAUCUGAUUGUGCGUGAAUGGACGAGUGUUAAUACAUAAGUGUUAAAAUAUUAAAUAUAGGUUUUUCAUUUGUU